CCUUCACCCAAGAAGAAGGAAAAACCCUCGGCGAUUUCUAGGUGCUGAUCGCUCCGUUUCAGGGAAGGGCACGUGGCAUUUCAUAAGGCAAGAGCAGAAGGGAGCGGAGGCGGGGUCUUUCUGGUGGACGAUAAUCAAAUGGUUUCCUCAAGGGGAGCGAUGGGGUCGGUGCUGUUAAUGGUGAUGGUUGUCUCGCUGCUGGUCUCUCCGGUUUUGUGUAGAGGUGUCCCCGAACCCCUCCACAGAGAACUGGGGCAAGCCGAUUGGGACAGCAUAGACAAAGGGCACUUCGAUGAAUGGUGGCCAAGGGUGCUAUCCCGACAUGAUCACGCCAAGCCGCGACAUCCUCCUCCUCCUCCUCCCCCUCCGACAGAAUCAAGUACGUCGCCGCCGUCCUCAGAUGCAACCCCGUCGGUAGAGGUAUCCAGUGAAGCUUCUGUGAGUGCCAGCGCUCCAUCGUCAUUUUAUGAAGCAUCUUUAUCGUUGUCGUCAGCACCGGCGUCGGAUGAGGAACUGGAAUCCGCACCCGCCUCUGGUUCGGUCGAAGAAUCUUCAGUAUCACCAAGUACAUCGUCAAAGGCACUGUCAGUCGAAGAUUCAUCAUCAUCAUCAUCAUCAUCUCCUCCGGCAGUCGAGAGUGAAGAUGAGGCAGAGCCGUCCGAUAGUUCAGAUGAAACAUCUACAAAGUCUGGAGAGCCGAGUGGAACUUCUUCAGAUUACGAUGAUGGGGGUUCGCCGGAUGAACAGGCAACGCCCAAUCAGGCGAUGGAGAAGACACAUGAAGCAAGAACCGCAGGAGCGGGUACUUCAAUUCCAGUAGAGACAGUCUCUGUAGCUGGCCUUGGAUGGCUGUGGGGAUUGAUGGCUCUCAUCAUUAUGGGGGCAGUUGUGGCCCUGGUUGUGCUUGCCUACAGAGCAUGGCGAACAAGUCGGCAGAAUACGGGAUGGAGACGUCCAAAUGAAAUGGAGAUGCUUCUGAGAUGAUUCGUUUGAGUAGAAUGGUGGAAAUUCUGUUUUGCUCAAAAAGGCAAAAUGAAUACAUCCAUCAGUUUCCCUUCCUCUCCCUUAUUGUUUGCAUAGCUUCAGAGAAGUGCAGACCCUCUCUCUCUCUCUCUCUCUCUCUCUCUCUCUCUCUCUCUCUCUCUCUCUCUCUCUCUCUCUCUCUCUCAAAACCUCUCUCUCUCUCUCUUAUUCCCUCCCUCCCCCCCCCUCGGUGUGUGUGUGUUUGUGUCAUGUUUUGUCCAACCCCCUUGCUGUGCGCAGUUGGGUGCUCUGGGAUUAUUAUUGGAUGGCUCAGAUCUUUCUGGGAUUAUUAUUGGAUGGCUCAGAUCUUUCUGGUGGAUGUGAAGCAUAGCCGGGAAAGUGUGUGGCACCGUUUGCUAUCGGGGCUGGGGACUUUGUUGCGUAGUUUUUAGGAGGAUAGAUAGAUGAGGCGAGAGAGGUAAUAAUGCCUAAUUCAGAGUUCCCGUUGGCCAGGGCAAGCUUAAGUGCUGUCGGGAUUGUCAUAGAGCUGGGCACCUCAGUGAGUAGUUCAUUGGAGGAUGGACAGGGUGUGUUAGGUAAUACCGCUUUGUUUUCUUUUCUUUUUUCUUGAAUACAGCUGAUAAGCUGGGAGCAUUUUCAUGCAAAUGAAAUGCGACUGAUUCAUCUUCGUUGGACCAAGUGUGAGAGCUGUUAUGACCGUCAUACUGUUGGUUUGGACUGUGGAGAGUUAACACAGGCUUCGAGACUGGGAGAAAGAUUUGCUAUUCGGAGAUUUUUGUUCAGCCUCAAUUUUCAAGGUGAGGCAUGGUACGGAUUUGUGCCCGCCCCUGUCCCCCCCCUGCCCCCCUGCCCCCCGACCCCCCUUUUCCUCGGGGCUACUGGGCAUCUCAUCAGCACUAGCACCAGAUAUCUGCAAUGAAUGAUAGAUCGUCAUGGAGAGCUGCUGAGCGCAUGCCGUUGCAUUAGCUAUCUAUAAGCAGAUGUGUGUUUUUCAAUCAAUGAUUGGAUAGCGACGAGUGAGCUUGCACGAAAGUCUGGAGCAUUAUGAACUGAGUUUCUUAAACUGCUCCCUGAGAUGGCUUCAGAGGAGAUGUGAGGCAUUUUUGAGAGCAGGCUGGUACUGGGGCGAAAGUGUGGAGCAUUAUGAACUGAGUUUCUUUAGCUGCCCCCUGUGGUGGCUGAGACGGCAAGUUAGGCUUUUUUGAGAGCAUACUCUCUGACUUAUGCUAGGCUUUUUUGAGAGCAUACUCUCUGACUUAAGCUGCCCCCUUAGAUGGCUUGAGAGGGCAAGUUAGGCGUUUUGAGAGCAUACGCACAUUGGGGGCUUAGUCUGGAUGUAUGUGACCGCAAUUACAGGACUUAGUCUGCAUGUAUGUGACCGUGAUUACAGGACUUAGUCUGCAUGUAUGUGACCGCAAUUACAGGACUUAGUCUGCAUGUGUGUGACCGCAAUUACAGCAUGUGCAAGAUGCAGCUGACUGCCAUUUUGAAUAGAUCGGUCGGGAAAGGCCUGGCAUGAGUACGUCCUUUGAGUGGUUUUGCAAACUGGGUCUAUUGUUUUGACAAUCAAUUGGUCAUGAUGAUAUAUAUUUAUAACCACUUUGAAACUGACUGUGACAGGAGGCACUGAUUGCCGGGCUUGUAGUCUGGCGCAUACUCGUGCCAAAGGCACAGGGACAGGGCUUAAGUGCCCAGAUCAUCGCUGCAUGGAUCUGCAGCACAACUCUAUCAUCCAAUCAUGCCUCAUCCUUGCUCUCUGUGUAAGCGAAGCGGUGGCAGUUCUGUAAAUUCCAUGUCUCAUCUUCGACAUGUUGGCAGUGUCGGAGGGGCCCCUGACAGCUUGCCAGGUCAGUUUGUCAGAUUCCUUUGCUACCAUUCAAUCAAUAAACACCUCCUUCGCAA